AUGGAAAAGCUGAAUCAGUCAGAUUUCCAUAUAUCAUAUUUCACCAUUACUGGUUUGUCUGGACUUGAGGACUGGGCCUCCCGGAUGAGUCUCUUCACUUUACUUCUCCUGUUAUAUUCCACGGUACUUGCAGAAAACAAUCUGUUCCUUAUGGUUAUUAUACAAGAUGAACUUCUACAUUCACCAAUGUACCUGUUUAUUGGUAACUUAGCUCUGAUAGACUUGUGUCUGCCUUCGGUAAUAAUUCCUCAGAUCAUGCAUCAGUUACUCUGGAAUGACAAGACCAUUAAUUUCACAUCAUGUGUCUUUCAGAUGGGGCUGUAUAUAUGCCUCAAUAUGACUGAAUGUUUCAUCUUCACAGCCAUGGCUUAUGACCGUUACCAGGCCAUUUGCAACCCUCUGCAUUAUCCGAUAAUAAUGACUAAUAGGAAAUCCGCAAAACUGGGUGUAUUUUGCUGGAUACCAGCAAUAGUGAUUGGAUUUGCUCACAUCUGGACUGUUAUGACUUUAAACUUCUGUGGACCAAAUGACAUAUUUAGCUAUUAUUGUGAGCACAUUUCAAUAAUAAAGUUGUCAUGUUCUGAUGUGAAUAUAUACUCUGUAUUUACCUUAGCACUUGCUAUGAUAGUCAUUUGUUCUUCAAUGUGCUUCAUUUUCCUCACUUAUUUGAAGAUCUUGAUAACUGUAAACAAAGUAGCUUCCAGUGAAGGGAGCCAGAAAGCUUUCUCAACCUGUGUGACUCACCUGAUUAUCAUUGCAGUUUUCUUAUUUGGCGCAGGAGGUGUAUUACUUUCCUCAUUUAUCACUGACAACUCAGUCAAUGUUGCUGUCAUAUUAGGAAUCUUCCAGAAUACUUUUCCUCCACUCAUAAAUCCUAUAAUUUAUUGUUUGAAAACAAAGGAAAUCAGAAUUAGCUUACUGAAAGCUAUAAGAAAAAAUGUAUUUCAUAACUGA